CUUGCAGGGGUGUCGACCCAGCCAGGCCUGAUGUAACUGGGGUCGCAGAGGAGGGGGCUGAGGCUGGGGAUUUUCCUCCCUCCUAGCGCAGCCUUCUGGUUGAUCACAGGGAUUAGGAAGAGGCGGAAAAAUGAGGUUCUUGCCCAGCCCACCCCUCAUCCCUGCCUGCGCUGGUCGGAGGAACUCGAACGUCUUCCCCCCAGUUUCUCUCUCGGUGAUGCUGACCCACCUGCCAGCCCUCCCCGCCCGGGCGGGCCCCGCCCCACACGUGCCGGAGAGGGAGGAACCAGCUUAAACGCGGCGGGUAGGGGGAGAUGAAGCGGAGGCAAGUCAGAACCUCGGAGCCAAACUUCUCAGCAGCCCAGAAGCCGAGGAGGUAGAGGAGAGAGAGACAGAGAGCGGCAGCCAAAAGCCCUGGUUCUCGGGAGCCUCCCACUCCGCCUCUCUGCAAGGAGGGCGCGGAGACACCACUGGGGGCGGAGGAGGAGGCCAGGAGGCGGGGAGGGGGGAGGCAAACCCUGCCCACUCGGCUCGGAGCCCGGCACCGCCGCGGAAGUCGGAGGCCGGUGCGCAGGGCGAGGAGGGCACCGGGGGCGGGGGGCUCGGCUCCCCGCCUGACCCCUCCCGCUCCAGCCAGGAAAGUGAAGCCUCCUCGGACUGCAAAGCCAGCGGACGGACGGACCGCGAGCGCCAGGAGCUCCGGGUCAAGGACUUGCCCCACCUGCCCCCCUCCCUUGCCCCUCCCCUCCCAGGCGCUCCGAACUCACUGGUGAGCGCGGCGGCCCGGGCGCUGGAUGCGGGGGCAGUCGCGAUGGCCCCGCGCGCGGGACGGCCGGAACACAGGGGCCCGCUGCUGCCGGGACUGCUGCUCGUGGCGGCGGCGCUGAGCCGGCCCGCCGCGCCCUGUCCCUUCCAGUGCUACUGCUUCGGCAGCCCCAGGCUGCUGUUGCGCUGCGCGUCGGGCGCCGAGCUCCGGCAGCCGCCGCGGGACGUGCCGCCCGACGCGCGCAACCUCACCAUCGUGGGCGCCAACCUGACGGUGCUGCGCGCGGCCGCCUUCGCCGGCGGGGACGCGGACGGCGAGGAGGCGGAGGCGGGCGGCGUGCGCCUGCCGCUCCUGACCGCGCUGCGCCUCACGCACAACAACAUCGAGGUGGUGGAGGACGGCGCCUUCGACGGGCUUCCCAGCCUGGCGGCGCUCGACCUGAGCCACAACCCGCUGCGCGUCCUCGGCGGCGGCGCCUUCCGCGGGCUGCCCGCGCUGCGCUCGCUGCUGCUCAACCACGCGCUGGCGCGGGGCGGCCCCGCGCUGCUGGCCGCGCUGGACGUCGCGCUCGCCCCGCUGGACGAGCUGCGCCUCCUGGGCCUGGCGGGCAACGCGCUGAGCCACCUGCCGCCCGCCGCGCUGCGCCGGCCGCGCCUGGAGCAGCUGGACGCGCGCCUCAACGCGCUGGCGGGCCUGGGCCCCGACGAGCUGCGCGCGCUGGAGCGCGAGGGCGACCUCCCGGCGCCGCGCCUGCUGCUCGCCGACAACCCCCUGCGCUGCGGCUGUGCCGCGCGCCCCCUGCUGGCCUGGCUGCGGAACGCCACGGAGCGCGUCCCCGACGCGCGGCGCCUACGCUGUACCGCCCCACGGGCGCUGCACGACCGGCCUUUCCUGGACCUGGACGAGGCGCGGCUGCGCUGCGCCGACGGCGACCUCGACGGUCGCGGGGAAGAAGUGGAACUCGCUGGCCCGGAGCUGGAAGCCUCCUACGUCUUCUUCGGGCUGGUUCUGGCGCUCAUCGGCCUCAUCUUCCUAAUGGUGCUCUACCUAAACCGCCGCGGCAUCCAGCGCUGGAUGCGCAACUUGCGCGAGGCCUGCCGGGACCAGAUGGAAGGCUACCACUACCGCUACGAGCAGGACGCCGACCCGCGCCGCGCGCCCGCCCCGGCCGCCCCCGCCGGCUCUCGCGCCACUUCCCCCGGCUCCGGCCUCUGAACUCUGCCCGCUGGGGCUUGGGGUCCGCGCCUGCCAGCUGAUGAUCCUACUGAGGCUGCCUGGCUCGAAGCCGUGGGUCGGAGACGCCCGCGAGCUUGGGGCUGUGAGACUUGAUCCCGACCGACCCGAGACCUUGGGAUUAUGCCAUCUCCCCUACCCGGAGGCCCCAAGCGGUACCCCUUCUCCGCCAGCUUCCGAGAAUUGUCUCCAUCAAAGACCCAGAGACAUCCCUCUUCUGAUUCCAUAAGUCCCACCUGCCCAUCCCAGGCUCUGGCAUCCCUCUUGAACCACCCAAAGCGCGCCCCCCCGACCCCGCGCGAGACUCUGUCCGUCAGUCUAGAGGCCCUGAGACUGCUUCCGCCACCCAGACCUCUCAACAGGAAACAUCCCUCUAGACUGCUCUGCACCUGGAGCCCUCAGCUCCGUUCCAGUGCUCAGGGGCCCUCGUAUCCUAUUCCAGUAUCAGGCAGAGCCCCCCCCCCCCAAGGUUUUUGUGAAUUUUGAGCCUUUUUUCCCCUCUCAUUCUGGAGCUCUUAAUCCUCCAUCCUAGAGACCUACAUCCGGGGGUUCUGAGGAUCGAGCACCCUUCCCCAGUCUGUGGAUGUGUUUCAUACCACCCACCACCCGGCUCUGGUUCAGGCCCCUCACUUCUUUGGCCCCCUCCUUCCUUGGCCCAGCUCCUGUCUGUCUUUCCCGUCCCAGGGACAGGCAAACCCCGUUAUCACCUUAGUGCGGAGGCAGUCCUCAGCCUUUCCACUUUUGGCUCUGAGCCCCCAAUACUCAGUGCUUGUCCCCCGUCUCAAACUCUCGGCUCUUCACCUCAAUCCGAGUUUCAUCCGCCUGCCCAAGUCUUGGGCUCUCCCUCCCCCUCACAGCCAUCAUUUGCACUCAGUACCGCACCUGCUACUCACGAGGUCAGCAAGGAAUCCAUCCUUGGGCUAUAUGCACCUGUGCUUUCCUCUGAGGGUGAGCUCUCCAGCCCUGCAAAACAGGCGCCGGUGCCAAGCAUCCCCAGCCGUCCAGCAGAUCCCCGUGGGAGAUCCUGGAGGGGAGAGUCUUGGGGGUGCAAAGUAGAUGGGCUGGCCUCAGACCCGGUGUCACCUGACCAUUGGGUCACAGAGUGGGGUGGGGGAGGGGUCUCUGAAGGGCCAGGAGCUGCUGCCCUCAUGUUCUCCCCCCCACCCCCCAUUGACUCCUCCCCUGGGAAUUUUUGCUGCCGGCUUCCCACCCCUGUCUCCCCUCCCCCUACACCUUCUGGAUGAGGAAGGGGGUUCUCUCCUCCUGUCUCAGGCACAAGCCCUCCUGUCCAGGGUCAGAGCUCAGCGCCCUGCCUUCUGCAUGAUCCCAAAGCACAACUGGUGAGAGGGGAGGGGGCUGCCUCUCCCUGACUCCCACCCCCAGGUCAGGCGGAAUGGCUGGUCUGAGCUGCUUCUGCGCACAGGAGGUUCCCCUCCCCCACCAUAUUGGCUUGAGGCCUGUCUUCCCGCCCCCACCCAAGAAAUCUGAGUCUCCCUUGAGCAGUUUUCUAUAAAGUCUGCAAUAAUCUCA